CCAAGAACCAGCCAAAUACGGAAAAGCAGGCAAUAUGGAUUUGUAUGACGAUAUCUUCAACGAUCAGUCGUUGCAAUUUAGUCCUUUGCGAUUAUCACCGUCACCAGAACCAUUUACUUCGAUCGUGGACGUUUUACAAGAUCCUCUAGUGGAAGAAACUGAGAAUGUGGGGGAAGAGACUGUUGGUUUAAUCAACAAUUUUGCUGUAAGUGAGGCUAACCCCUCAAUGAGUGCACAAUCCCCAGAUCUAAUCCCACUUCCGGAUACAUUAACACUAGUGCAAUAUCCACCUGAAGUCGAACAACUGCUAUUGUGCACUCCACAUGGGUAUAUGCAAGAAAACUUGCCAAACAUACAAUCAGAUCAACCAUUUUUGUUCGAUCAAAACAUGUUGGAUGCUUUUCAAGAGCCAGAAGUAUUUGCAAUUCAAGAUCAGCAAUUCUUAUACAAUCCACAAGGGUCAUUACAAGGAAACACAAAUGGUCAACUGGAUCAGCAAUCUUUGUUCAACCAGAACACGAUGAAUAAUUUUCAGGAACCAAAUGAUUCUUCAAUGCAAGAUCACAAUUCCGGAUGCAAUCCACAUGUGUUCUUACAAGGAAACGCAAACGGACAAUUAGAUCAACAAUCUUUGUUCAAUCAAAAUACGAUGAAUCCUUUUCAGGAACUAAAUGAUUCUACAAUGAUAGGAAUUGGUCAACAAAUCGAGGAAGAAAGCAGUGGAUAUGCACAUCCUGUAAUGACUCAAUCUAUUGAGUUACCAAAUCAUCUCCAAGAGCAGUUUUCAUUACCUUUAUCACAAAGUUACCCAUCAAAUUUAAGGUACCAGAACGGCCUAGUUGAUUCACAUUCCAACAUAUACGACCAGCAACUGCCUCCAUUAUUUCAAGCUGAUAGGGAAGACGAAGCUCUAGUCCCAGGAAUGGUUACAGAGGUGGCUAGGACAUGCCCUCUACAGAAUCAGACUUCUGUGACCUCUCCUCAAUCUCAAAUACCGACGAGCUCUACAAGGACAUGCCCUUUACAGAAUCAGAUUUCUACAAGAGAUCAUCAAGUCCAACUACCUCAAAUACCGUCGAGCUCUACAAGGGAUCAUCAAGUCCAACUACCUCAAAUACCGUCGAGCUCUACAAGUAGGAAUCAAGGAAACGUGCAAGAGCUAGUGAAUAAGCCUUCGUCGGGUGUUAAAUACCCUACCCUCAAAGAUUAUGCACAUCUAUUUCCAAGCACGAAAGCAUUCGCUCCCAUAGAGUUCAACGUUUUGUGGCGUCAACAAGAAAAUAACCCAAGUCGGUUUGAGCGUCGACACAGAAAUGGCCAAAGUCGAUUAUUUGAGCGUAGCGUUUCUGGGCGUCGACAAAGAAAUGAUCCAAGUGGCUUUGAAGAUGUAGAAUCAUCAUCUGCUGCUCAGCGAAGGAGGACCGUCUCGCCAAAAAGAAAUGAUGAUUUAACUGCAGUCAACCUUGGUGAUAAAAGGCUACAAAAUAAAUUAUAUGAUCCAUUGUAUGAAAGCCUCGGACUAAAACUCGAUCCUCACUUGAGAGUUUUUUUCCCACCCAAGAAAAAUGGAUUACAAGUUGGUAGAGGAGCAAAAGAAAACCAACGGCGGCAAGAACCGGAUGAGAGACCACCGUUCACUGGCAAAAGAGAUCGGAGACUGAUUUAGGAACGUUCCUAACAUCUGACCAAGACUCAUCACCAGCGGUUAUGAGAA